GUAACGUGUGCUGAGAUUGGCUGACGUGUAAGCUCGUCUGUGAUUGGUGGAGCCAGCGUGCUAGAGGUGUAUGAGGCUACACGGUGUUAAUGGUCUUGGUCACACAGCUAAAAGAUAUUAAAAUUUUACCUGGUUGUAAUAGAUAUUUUUGAUCCAUCUUGAUUUGUGAUUAUGAGGAAGUUUCCAAGGGCAAACCGUGUGAUUGACUUUUUGCACAAGAGCUUUGUACUGACAUGUGUGGGUAUGACUGUUUUAAGCACGAUAAUGCUUGCAGAACGUACCUAUAACUACUUCACAGUGGUUAAACCUCAACGUUUGGAAGAAGCAAGAAGACGACUUGAAGAGGAAGGAAAUAAAAGCUUUGAGACUGAAGUACCAGAUAUUGCCAAGACUUUGAAUGCAUAAUGAAUAAGGAACAUGUGAUAAGGUGUGAACAUUAUUAUAUGAUAAUCUUGGUGCAAAGCAUUGGAGUUUUUUAGUUGAUACUUGUAUAUUGUAUGUCAGUCUUUCUUGGAUUAAUUAAAAGGAAAAUCAGUUUAAAAUAAAAGUAAUUAUUUUCCUCUCUAGGGAAGCAGUUCUACACAAGGUUUAAGUGAUGAAAAUAAUGCACUCCUUAACACAACUAGUGCCUCAUUUAAGCAGGAUUGGUUGUGGUUUUCAUCGCUUAAUCCACAGUGCCUCUGCAUGCCAGGUACCAGCUAAAGUUCCUCCAGCCCUCUGGAAACUAGGAAGACUUAAUCAUGUCGCUAUUGCAACUCCAGAUCUCGAGAAGAGCACUGCCCUUUAUAGAGAUGUGUUUGGUGCAGAGGUAAGCGAUGUGGAGGCUCUUCCUGACCACGGGGUAUACACAGUAUUCGUCAAGCUGGACAACACUAAGCUUGAACUUCUUCAUCCAUUGGGAGAUAAUAGUCCCAUUCAGAAUUUUCUACAGAACAACAAGAACGGAGGCAUCCAUCACAUCUGCAUUGAAGUAAAUGACAUUCAUGCUGCAAUGAAAGAUCUUAAAGGACAAAAUAUUCGUUGUUUAAGUAAUGAACCUAAAAUUGGCGCUCAUGGUAAACCAGUAGUAUUUCUGCAUCCGAAAGAUUGUGCUGGAGUCCUAGUUGAACUUGAAGAAACAUAGUCAAAUAAUUUCAUAGCUCUUGCUCAAAUAGCAUUUCACAUUAGAAGUAAAUAAUUCACUAAAAUUUUUAUCCUUAUUUUCCAACUAAAUUGGACUUGAGUAUUAUUUGUAUUCCACUUGCCAAAUAUUCAAUUAAGACUAUGCCACUUUUAAAUAGAAGUUGGUUCAAGAGAGCAGUCACAGUUUUAGAUUCGAUUGACACCAUAAUGUUAUGGUGGCUGAAAAUUAAAUGCUAAAUUUUAUUUCGCUUUGUCUUUGCAGCAUUUGCUUUGCUAUUAUUUUUUCAACUAAGCAAUAUUAGCUAAAUGAUGAUGUAAAUAAAGGCUAAAUUAUA